CUGAUGUCCCUGGCCCCUCUUUUGACUUCUCCCUCCUUUGACUUCUGGGUCUGGGCUUGUUCCUCGGGCCUGAAGGAACAUACAUUUUGUCCCACUUUUUAGUGAAAAGUUUCCAUUCAGCUCCCCGUAAUUCACCCCUGCACCCUUGCCACUGCUUGCCGCCGGGCGGACCCCACCCCGGCUCCAUCUCUGCCAGUCAGGAGACGAGAGGACGUGUUACCCUCAGGCCUCGGCACGGCGCCGUCUAGCGCGGCCGCUGCCCUCUUCCCGGUGGCAGCAGGGCCGGCCCCGCGGCUGGCGAUGGGCCCGGUCUCCCGCGGGGACGAGGCACGCCGUCGCCGCCCGAGAGGACUGGCUUGCCCCAGGGUGAGUUCCACGACCGGGCGGGCCGGGCAGGCGCCGCGCUAGAGCAGCGCUUUCCGCCGCCGUUUGUCUCCCGUCUCUUCCCGUUCGCCGGAGUAGCUGCUGCUGCUGCGCAACCCCUUCCCCGCCCGCCCGGCCGCCCGCUCGCUCGCUCGCCCGCCCGCUCGACCCUUCGCUCGCCCCAGGGGCGUCGCCUCCUCUCAGCCUCGCACAGGGCGGCCCGGUAGACAUACAGAACUGAAGAAUCACAAGUUGAAAUGAGUAACCAAGAGGCUGAUGUUCUACGUUGCUGGAGAUGUAGAAAAUAUAUAGCAAAUUCUGUUUGCCUUGCAAAAUCUCAUAAAAAAGAUCCAUCUAAUACAUCACAACCUUCGUCUGCUGCUCAGGAGUCUUGCAACGUAUGGCAUGUGAACUUAGAAGCAGUUCCAGAGUGGGUGAAAUGUGUCAUUGAAAAGGCACAAUGGACAAUUGGAAAACUGCACUGUCCGUUCUGUGAAGCGCGCUUAGGGGGCUUUAACUUUGUUUGCAACAAAAAAUGUUCCUGUGGACAGUUAGUAAAUAUACAUUUCUGCAAAAGUCGGACAGACUAUCACCCAGCUUUCUCUGUUAAAUUUGCAAAAUCACCAGGAAAACACUUAUCUCUCUUCAAAAUUCACUCUGGCUUUAGCAAGGAUGCCUGCCAUGAAGUAGUAACUGCAACUUUGGAAAUCAAAAAUCAAGGUCUUUCAUGCAUGGCCAGAAAUAAUAAUGGUACCGGCAGAUUAACAGAAGCGCUUUGUCUAGAAGUAAGAGCUCCCAGUUUUGCGAGAAAAAGUAAACCAUUUCCCUUAAAGGCAUUAAAUCAGAAAAGAAGUAUUUCUGCUUUCUAUCCUAUGAAUGAUGCAUGCACCAUAAAACCUUUUCACAGAAGAUCACACAGUUUAGAUUUAAAUAUCAGAGAGAGACUUGUUUUGUCACCUGCAUUAUAUGAAACAAUUUACCAUGGCCAAAACAAAAAUCCACCUGUUUACACACAAAGUGGCUUGCAGUUAGAGUCCAAUAGGAAAGAUGUUAGUUCUUUCCAGGAUCUGUCUAGUCCAAGUGCUGACAAACUACAAAAAAGGUUUCAAGUUACUUCCUUUACCACAUUGCUACAUAAAGAAAUAGAAAGUGAGUGUGAUUUUGAAGCUCCUGGACAAUCUUCUGGAAAUGCCGUUGCUGAUGGGUCACCUUUUGUGAUGAACCUUUCUCCACCUACAAGUGCUGUGGAAGAGGAACAGUACAUCACACCUAUUGAUAUUGUGCAGCCUAGAAAUAUUUCCUUCAACCAAAGGCUAAGUAAGAGAGAAAGGAAUAAGUUGAAAAGCUUGAGAAGAAAACAAAGAAGGAAAGAACGGUGGCUACAGAAGCAAACUGGAAAUGAUAACCUGCAUACAGAUGAUGAGAAUGACCUCAGAGGAGAUAAAGAAAGCUAUCUCUGUGCAGUGUGCCUGGAUGUUUAUUUCAAUCCUUACAUGUGCUAUCCAUGCCACCAUAUCUUUUGUGAACCUUGCUUAAGGAUGCUUGCCAAAGACAAUCCAGCCAGUACUCCAUGUCCACUGUGUCGCACUACAAUUGCCAGAGUCUUUUUCCAAGCAGAACUGAACAACUCCACCAAAUCUUUUUUCCCUACGGAAUAUUUGAAGUUAAAAGAAAAUUUUCAAAAAUCAAAUUCUGCAAAGUGGCCUCUACCAAGCUGCAAGAAAGCCUUCAGAGUUUUUGAAGCAGGUUUUCAAAGACGUUCAGAUACUGUAACAAGGAGGCAUUUCCCACAUGCUGCUCACAGAAUGGACUACAUGGACUUUGAGGAUGAUAGCCGUGUAUGGCGGUUUGAUAUGGACAUGGUGAUAAUCUACAUUUAUUCAGUCAACUGGGUAAUAGGAUUUAUUGUGUUCUGUUUUCUUUGUUAUUUCUUUUUCCCCUUUAGUCUGUAAUAGUCACAGCUAUGGAAAAAAGCAGUCAUGUGAGCGACAAUAACGUGAAUAGAAAAAACUCAAAGGCGGCAAAUGUUUGAUAUUGCAUUUUUAUAAUUCAGAAUUGUAAUAGACUGCAUCAAGCAUGCUGUGAGGCUGUUUAAUACUUCUGCUAUGUGUGAGAAAGUACUUGAGUUUGGUUCCAAGUAUAAUGUGACUUCUAGAUUGUACUUCAUUCAGUGGGAGUUUUGCCUUGAUUUUGGUGGGAACAGGAUUUACUCCUAAUGUAUAAAAUAAUUACUCCGUAGAAAUAUGGAAUACUGCUUGUUCUUAGGGGGAUUCUGUCUACUACAAAAGAAUAUGAUCCAUAGAGUCAUUUUGGGGUUUGACUCUGUGUUGACACACUUUGCUCGCUCAUUGGUACUUCAAUUCCUCAUACCUAAAAGCAAUAAAUAUGCUUCCCAUUUAUAGUCAGAUCUUUUGGGAGCAGGGGAUUAUUAAGCAGUGCUGGACCAUGCAUUAACAGGUAUUUGUCAGAGCUAUUUCAACAGUAUAACCCAGAUCCUGAUUUUGACAAUUGGUAGACCUGUCAGCAUUCUACUGUGGAGAUGUGCUGUACUCAGUGCCUGAAAUUUUGAGCCUAUUAACCAAAAAAAGAAGUGAUUCUGCACAGUGUGCUGACAGUUUGUAUUUCAGCAAAUGGCAAUCAGAAGGAAUCAACAAACAACCCCAUGUCCUGCACAUUAAAGGGACCGUUUUUGUGCAGAUUCCCAGAGUAGCACUGCACCUUUUCUUACCCAUCCAGAUGGAUGUGUUUGAGUCCAGCAAGACAGCUAAUGGAGGACAAGCAGCAGGCCUGCUGGCUAUAAUGAUGUAAGACACUAACCCAGUAAAUAUUGGAGAAAGAAGCAUUCUCCAGUGUAAGAGAUCAGUACCAUUAUUGAAUUGCUGUAACAAUUUGGGGAUACUCUUAAGUGUGAGCUCACCAGGACUAUGCAUCUCCAGGGAGAUCACAUAAGAGGACACAGUAUUUAUUUGCACCUUUCAUGUGAAACAAUUCUAAAGCACUUUAUAGUUACUCUAUAUAUAGAUUGCUGAGUUACAGUACCAAACUGCAGCCAGUUCGGCAAUCAUUGUAUACUUGCUGCUUUACACAGUAUUUUCAAAUGAAAGUGAAAGAGCAUCUAUUAAAUUAUAAAAAGGAUAUUAGAAACUAUUGUGGGAAAAAGAUGCUAAAGAAUAGUACCAGAGGCUUACUUUUCAGGAAGAUACAAAGCCAUUUUUAUUUCUAAGGGCAUGACCCUGCAAGGUACAAUGUGGUUUCAUCUUGAAAAGCAUGUGAGUAUAUAUGCGUAUCUGGUAUCAGGAUUUGUGUGGGAGACCUGUGUUUUUUCAGUAGGUGGUGUACUCCCCUGUUCUAGCAAAGAACAAGGAGAAAUGUGUUGUGGAAGGUGCCAUCUGCCAAAUGUGAUGGAAUGAAUUUGGGGAUUUCAUUAAGCAUGUGCUUAUGCUUCUUUACUGAAGCAGGGCCAAUAUGGUCAAUCUCUUAUAGGCUAUAAAGGGAUUAGGACCAGAAACUUUUCACUUAACCUGAAAAACAGCAGUAAAUCAGCUACUAAUAUUUAGUUUUAUUACAGGCUACAUAAAAUAAUCUCUUUGAGAAUAUAUGUAUAGAAUUAAAAAUUACAAGUCUAACUACACUAAUUAGACUAAAUAUUUCUUGCCGUCUUUUUAAAUAUAUGUGAAUUUACAGAGAUAUAACAAUUGAAAUUCACCAUCACCACACAGUCAUGUUUGUGACAGUAAUGCAUUUUCUGUAAUUACAGUAUAUCUAGUUACUUUGUCUCUACCUAAAGGUGAUUGGCUCUAUUACUGGUGGCAUUAGGCGUAACAUUUUAAAAGCUUUAAGAUUGCAUUAAAGCAUUAGGUGAUUUUCCCUCUUUAUAUUAAUACAAACAAGUCUUUUAAAAGCUAGGGUUUUUAGGUCGUAGGCUCAUGUUUGCUGUAUGCAUAUGUGUAGGUUUGUAUGCUGAAAUAUUAUCAGUCAUUUUGAACACCUUUCUCAUCUGUGCCAGGACUGGGAUUUUAACUGCAAUUUUCAUUUGUCUCUAAUUUUAUGAAUUUACUGCUCCUAUCUCAGCAAAGAGAAGGACUGAUUCACCAGUGAAGUUGAAAUUACUUCUACCUUUUGAUCUCAGAAAAUACUAAAAAAGAUGUCAUGAGAAAUUACUUUAACUUAGCUGACAUAGUCUGAAAUUCCAGUAACAAUGUAAUUUGAAGUUAUUUAACUGGAACAUUGGAUAAAACAGUAUCCUUAUGUAAAAUAUUCUAAAAUAUAUUGAGAUGUAAGAAACAUAAUAUAGGUACUAACUAAUUAUAUAAGAAAGAGAUACUCAAAUAAUUUUUAACAGCAUGUUACCAUGGUUUUAUUCUGAAAAAGGCAACAAAGGAGAGUAAAAAGUCCAAUGUAAUAUUGGCCCCUUUUGUACAGCAAGAAUUCGUAAGAGGGUGGCUGCACUUUCCUAAAUUUAGUAGGUGUGACAAUUUUGUGUGGCAUUUCUAACUGUGUAACUCUACCUUUCUUCAAAUCCUAAACUGUUUCUUGGACUAUAUUCUUUUAUUUUAUAUUGGUUUUCCAGGAGACAAUUAAUUUUAAAGGAUUACAAAUAUGCAUAAUGAAGACUGUUGCAACUCUGGGAGACAUACUCCAUGGGAAAAAAAAGCAUAGAGUGGGUGGUACUUUUUUUUUUUUUCUUUAUUGCUUUUUUGAGAUACAUACUUUUGUAAAAAUACAGUAACAAUUUGAAGGCUUAGAUCUGUUUUUUCUUGAAGUCUGCCUGUAAUAUGCUGUCAGUAUCUGUGGGAUCAAGAGCAGAUCCUUUGUAAGCAAUGUUCUGGUUAAAUUGAUCCUGCUCUGAUCUGCUUGUCUUUCUUAUCUACAGUAGUAUUAAAAUGUUUGCAAUAAAAUUUGAGUUGUUUGUAGUAUUUUGCAGUCAUUUCAUUAGAUUUUGCAUGGUGGAAUCAAAUUUUAAUAUUUUUUUCAAUCAAUGUCUUUUUUGUUACCCUGCCUGUUCUGUACCUGCUUGGGGAGCAGCUAGGGCUUGUCGAAUUUUUUACUACUGUGAUUAACUCUUUUCAUACUAGCAGCCUUUUAUUUGUUUCAGUACUUCCCAGGAAACAGUCAGCUUCUGUCAGAAAUCAUCUAAAGUCUGGAUUUUUUACAGGUAAAGGUUUGAAUUCAAAUUUCCAAAAACACCUCCUAAUUUUGGGUGCCUCAGUUUGCAUUCCCAGCAUUAGGCCUUCCUUCUAAAGGGGCCUGAUGCAGAACUGAAAAUCACCUUUCUCUAAAAUAGUUCUUUAAGAUUUCUUACGUUGGGAACCAAAGACUGGUAAACCUUAGAUACACCUACUUAUGGUGGACUUCAGCAGUGAUCCAGGUCUGAGCAGAACCCGUAAGAACCAUCAUUGUAAAGAUCUAGUUUCUCAUAUAUAUCUGCAACUGGAUUUGUGUCUUACAAACAUUUUCAUUACUGUAAAACAUUUUCUGAUGCAUUUUUUCAAAUUAGUUUUCAGAAAUUCUUGCGGCACAAGCAAGUUCAAACUUUAUAUUUACUUCCCUUUGAUUACCCUGUGACUGAAAGUAAACUAAGCCUCAUAGUUUACAGUGUCAUAGACAUGUUAGGAUUUCUUUGCUGCUGUAAUGUAAUCCUGGAAAAUACAUGGUCUCAAAAUGAAUUUAAUGAAAUAACUUUGUUUAAAAAAGUUAAAAAUAAGUUAAUAAUCUAUUUAAUUUUCCAUCUAGCAUUUUUUUGUUUGAAUGUUUCUACAUUUUGGUAAGGCAUUAAGUUGCAAUCCUAUUUGAAAGUACUUUGCAGUGUGCUGUGGAAGUUAUACCCUAAAAUGUAAUCUUUAAUUUAGGAUAUUUCGCUUUUUGCUUUAUUAUAUUUUUACAAAGUGAUUUCUUAUUUUUAAAAAAUACAGUGUUCCUAAAAGAAGGCUGAAGGUAUGUGUAUUUCGUAUUGUGGUUCCCUAAAAUUGGGUUUUUACAGAUUCUAAAGGGCAAACUUCAUCUGUGAUACGCAUUGGAGAAAAUAUGCUGAAUAAACUAAAAAUUCUAAUCUGAGGAAUGUUUCUGGGCAAGUCGGCAGAUUGACACUAUAGAACAAAAAUCUCAGGGAUCCCUUCUCAAGGAAAAGCUUUCAGCAGGACAGAGUUAGGUAGGAAACCAGGUGUCUUUAUCUUGCCCUUUGAAUGCUACACAAGACACUUUCUACUUAUUUGGAUACACAGACUCCACUGGCACUUCAGCAUCAGCUUUUAUCCUCUAUUGCCCAGGUGUCCCAUACAGGUCGUUGGGAGUUAUCCAGAGCGUCUGAUAGCAGACAUCAUUGAUUUUCUCUUUCUUCUUCGUUAAAACAUUCCUGAAUAUUGCCAGUUUUCUUAAGUUUUUUUGAGUUGUGACUGCUGAACUCUACCCAAAGGAGACAAGAUGAUGUGCUAUUAUUUUUCAUUACUCUUUGCCCUUUGGGGCUGAUCUUCCAUUUCAGUCAGUUCAUGCACUGAGACAUGAGUGACACACUGCCCUGAAACUCUGAACAGGAUUUUUUGUAAUUUCAGAUAUAUCUGUUAGCACUUUAAUAUUGUAGCAACAGUCAGUAUCUGCUGUCUACUUACCUAAGUAGGUUUUGAGUUUGAAAGAUAUUCUAGACUCAGUGCUACAGCAUAUCCUAACCCAAUACUCCUCAGGCACUCUUCAGCAAUGCUGCCUUACGUCAACCACAUUCUUAAUGUCUGUUCUACUAUAUAAAAUUUGGAAAGACUCCUUCAGCUUCACAUCCUCAGCACCUCAAUACUAAUUAACAAGUGAAAUAAAACUGUUCCCAUGAUUUCUAGAUUGAUGUUAUACAAGUGUUAUGUGUCACUAUGAUACUGUACUGGUGAUGGUUCAUUUAAAGUUACAAUUUGGUUUUAGGAUGAAAAAACUGCAGUCACUGUAUUUGGGUUUUUCAUUAGAUACAAUUGAUAUAAUUGAUAAUAAUGUAUUUCAUUUUCCAUCAAACAUUUUCAACAUUCAGUUGAAAUAUUUCUACAUUUCCAGAAAGGCAUUAAAAUGUAAUCAGGCAAUCGCUUAAAAUAUACUCCAUAUGUAAUCUUUUAUCCUCAAACAAGACGAUGAAGCAGAAAAAGUAAAUGCAACCAAUAAAAAGAUCAUGGUAAGUCAUUUGAUACUGAUACAGCACUAAAAAUUCAUUAUUUAAAAUAAUUUUUACUCUGCCAUCAAAAAAAAAAAGUAUUAAAAUGCUAAUUAUGUAAUGUACUCCAGUGUUUCUGAGCUGGUCAAUGAAAUGCACAAUGAGCAGAAGGGAAGUCUUAUGUAGCCUUUCUAUAUUAUCUGUAUAAAAUAAAGGAUGUUAGAUAUUGACAUAAAAAUCUAGAUGAUCAUCCUGUUCAAUGAAAAGUGAAAAAUAAUACUUUAAAGAAUCCUAUAUAAUCCAAAUCUCCCUAAAAUAAUCUGAGGUUUAGGGGUAUUAACUUCUUAUAAUUAGGGUGCUACCCAAGAAAUAUUGUUUAGACUUACAAUCAAAGUGUGAAAAUAACUGAAUUUCACAAAACCCUGUUGUAAAUCCAUGCAGAUUAUAAAUCCGUGGGGAUGUACAUGAAUCCAGAACUCAUUACCAGGCAUAGCAUGGCAUCUGAUGGUGCCUGAAAGAUAACACGUUCCAAUUAGAAACAUAUGAGGUAAGAAUGUGUUUGCCUUGCAGAUGGCUCUAGCUAGUUAAUGUAUGCAUUUCAGCUGUCAGAAGUUAAACUACUUCUAAAAUAAUUUGAAUUAGACUUCAGGGGAGGAAGAAUAUGCUAAUUUUCUUUUAUAUCUUACCAAGCAGAGAAUGUUUGCAAGAAGUUAAUGUACAGUCAAUUUAUAGGCUUAUUUUGUUCCAUUUUAAAGAACCGGACCCUUCUUUUUAUCUUUUUAAAGAAUUCUGAAUUAAAUUAACAUAGAAGUUAAUAAUUAGCUAUAUGGUCAUAGAUUUUUCCAAUGCAUAUAGUGCAAUUUUACUUGAACAGCAAUUGCAUGACCUACAAAAUUGUCUGAUAGUUUUGUAUUAUACUCACCUAGGAGUUAAGGCUCCUAAACUCAUUUUUAUUUGUCAUCUAGACUGUGACUUAAAUUCUAAACUACAAAAAAAGACAUAAUGGCAUUAAAUUACCAUGCUAUGCUGCUAUUUUUCUUUAAUUCUGCUUAAAAUGGGAAUAUAGCAUAGUGAUAAUAAUAGCAUAAAAUCAAGAUACCCUGUCGUUGCUUAUCUAUUAUUCCUAAAAUGCCUUAUUUUCAGUAUGAUUUACAAUGUGAUUUACAGGUCAAAUUCUCAUCAUUUUUGAUUUCUAAAACCUAGUUCUUCAGAACUUCCAUUUUCCAUGCAGAUUCUAGUAGCAACAAUGCUCAAUGUGCAAAGCAUUUAGAGUUUUUCAAGUGAAAGGCACUUUUACAAGAACAAGAUGACAUCUAAAUGCAAGUACUACAGUGUUAAUCCAACAGGUUAGCGCAUGUUUUGGCAACAGUAACUAAAUUAUCGUUAUUACCAUAAUUUAAAUCAAAUGACAGCCAAAUUACACAUGCAUGGCUUGCAUAGAUACUAACAAUUCUUCACUGAUUUAAAGGGAGAAAAAAAAAAAAAAAAGCUGAUUUAGCAUGUACUGCUUUACAGGAAGUUUAAUAUUAGAAAUUUUUCAGCAUUUGUGUGUGACCCACUGAUCAGAAGGAGACUGGAAGAUCAGACUGAAAGAUCAGACUGGAAGAUUCCCACUAGCCUCCAAGUACUGCUUAGGUAAGGACCAUGAGCAGGAAAAGGAGAAAACCUUUAAAUAGUGCAGAUAAUAGCAAAUUGGUUCAGGCAACAAAAUAUAAAUCACAAUGUGAUUUAUGAAACAUUUUUCUGGGUUUUUUUACUCACAGGAAAGAUGAGUUUAUUUCAUGUCUAAGCUUUUUAACAAAUAUAAGUAAACCAAUCCAGUAGUUAUUGCACAAACCUGAGUCAAGAUCAUCAGUGAUCAGGAAUGUGAUCACAGCAGUCAUUCAACUUUUUUUGUACAAGGGGAUGCUACUAAAGACUUUUGAACUCUCUCUCUGAAAAACACAAUAAUUCAGCAUUAUUUUAGAAAAACAGCACAACUGUGAUACAUGAUGAGUGAAAAAAAAAAGGUAUUGAAAUGACUGACAUUUUAGACAGUAAUAAUCAAGGACAUGAAGGAGAAAAUCUCAAGCUGUAGAAAAGACAGUCUUCCAAACAGGUGAGGAUGAAGUCCUGAUGCAGCAAUGAAAGUUACCCACCAGCCUCUUGUUUAUAACCUAGUGUUAUGGCCAAAUCCAUUCUCUCACUAGGCCUUUUUCUGCACCUGCUGCAACAGCCAUACUACAUCUGAAAUUGCUGUGCUCUGCUCCCCUUGUAGUGCAGGAAUCCUCACACGGACUAGAGCCAGCAUAGCUGGCUGUAUUCACUACCACUUGGCGUCAGAAGUCGUACAGAUGGCAGGGAGCAUGGUCAGAUGACACUGCAAACUGCCCAUACAGUGCCAGAGCAGGCUCUUGGUGACUGUUAAAAACAUGGAAAAUGAGUGACUGCACCUCUCCAAAUAUUUCUCAUAUAUUCCCAGGAAGGAACUGUAAUGGGGAAUGGUUUAGGCCUAUACUCUCCAAAGGUACUGGACACCUAAGUCCCCUUAGAACAACAGUAUCUGUUAUGCAUAAUGAUACAUGUGCUUAUCACUGAUCACGGUAGUCUUUUUCUACAGAUCAGUUACCAGAGCACUUCCAGGAAAAGGGUUUAAACAUCAUCCUAGCACCAAAAUUCCCCUGUUUGACAGCAACUGCCCUAAGCACUAGAUGAUUGCAUAGGCAUAUGAGAGGGCAGCAACACUCUACUGUCAAGUGAAAGAAGGCUACUAUAUUACAAUUGGACUUGAUGAUCUUAAACACCUUAUACAGCCUAAAUGAGUCUAUGAUUCUAUCUGAACUUAAAUACAUUGUUAAGUGCAGAAGAUGGAGUUUCUAAGUUCCUGUUUCACAGAAACUAUAUCUUCAAGUUACAUGCUUUAGUUGGGGGUAUAUGGGUGAAGGGGAUAAGAGGCAAAUGCUGGUCUUGGAUAUACCUUUCAGUUUUAGUUUUUCCCCCAGUCAGUAUAUGACAUUGUGAAUCCCGUUCUCCUGCAUUUAGCCUUUUCUAGAUAGAGGGAAUUCUGUCUAAAUCCUAUUUUGAAUUUUAGUUCCCUUGGUAAAUGCCUAACUUGACGAUCUGUUGGAGCAAAUCCAGAGGAGGCUACAAAGGUGCUCAGAGGGCUGGAGCUACUCUCCUAUGAACACAGGUUGAGAGAGCUGGGCUGGUUCAGCCUGGAGAAGAGAAGGCUCCUGGGAGACCUUAGAGCAGCUCCCAGUGCUGAAAGGGGGCCUACAAGAAAUCUGGAGAGGAACUUCUUAAAAGGGCAUGUAGACACAGGACAAGGGGGAAUGGCUUUAAACUGGGAGAGGGUAGGUUUAGUUUACAUAUUAGGAAGAAAUUCACUAAUGUGAGGA